ACUCGUUCUCCCACUCCACUACCCAUUCAAUACCGACCCAAUCAAGCACGAACAGAUUACACCGCACGAAUUCCACUUUCCUUUUCCCGAACGCAGUACCGUAGCUUAGUAGUUAAAUCCUUUAGACUAUACCAUUAGGUGGCGAGUUCGAGUACCGACGAAACCCAUUUUCUCCUGUAACACAAUUCAUUUCCUGAACUCGUGCUUUAUAGGUAAGAACGAACUCCAUCAAAACAACGUUACGGCAGCCCUGCAGCAGCACUACUUACAGUCCAACGCAUUACUCCGUCUGUGUUCUUUUGAAGUUCUGCAUAACCCCCACAUCAUCCCUCCAACGCAUAUCCACUACCACCUCUCCGUGUAUACUUUUUUAUUCUCCGAACGAACACCGAAGUUGUCCGAAGUUUAAGGAAAGAUCCUACGGUACCUUUGCGACCUUUCUGCGCAUCAUCAUCAAUUGUGACAAUGAAGUCGCCGAAGAAACCAUCAGCUCCGAAAUCGUUAACGUCCUCAAGAACUUCAUCGCCAGCGCCUGCUGGAACACCGAAUUCUACACCUGCCAAAAAAUCCAAAUCAAGAACUGGAACAGAGACCAGCGACCAAACGACGUCUGCACCAAAGCGACGCAGACGUCGUAAACCGGUAAUUCAAAAUGAAGAUUUCUGUGGGGCAUGCGGAGGCCAAGGACUGUUUCUCUGCUGUGAAUCUUGUCCCAGAAGUUUCCAUCUUUCUUGCUUAAAUCCUCCAUUAAGUCGAAACGACAUUCCUGAAGGAUCCUGGUAUUGUAACAAAUGCAUGUACAAGAAAAAUGAAACGCCUAAAAGGCCUCGGGGCAUGUGGUCACUACUGAUGGACGACCAAGACGAUAGCAAUCCUGUUUGCUUUAAAUUGCCCCAACAAAUUGUCACCGAAUUUCACGGAAUAACGGUAGGAAGAUUGGGCCAAUACAAAGAAGAGAACACCACACUUGAUUACGGAGAAAUUGCAGAGCUCCUGUCAGAUCAAAGUAUGAUGAACUUGGCUCAUUGUGGUCAUUGUCAUCGCCCCUCCAUCGGUUCUUGCAAAAUUACUGGUUGUGACCUAUGUGAAACGUUUUACCACACCGGGGAUUGCGCAGAGUAUAUGCCAGUAUGCGAGCAUCCCGAUUCCGCAAAACAAAUCUGGCGUAUUCCGCGAUACACAGUCGCCAUUAAAGAUUCCGAGAAGGGGACUUGGUUUCUGGAGAAACAAAAGUUCACAGAUGAUCCCUCGUCGCCCGAAGACGAGUAUGAAGAUCCUCCUCUUCCUGUUUCUUGUAUAUACAACCUCGACGCUGUCGCCAUCGUCCAAGACUUCUUAAUCAACGCUAAACGCGACGCCGUUCAAAGACGAAAAACACAACAUCUAGAAAGGCUCCCUACGGAGCCUCGGGCUUUAAUGAUUUGGGCAAUGCAGAAAUUCUCUAACAAUUCCAAAUUGCCCCGGGUGAUCUAGUAAAGGCGGUAAUUUUUUAGGAAAAAAAGUGCCCAUCAAUAUUUCUUGAAUGUGACUUCAAUGAUUUAUUUAUCAAUGAAAACGCUCAACUAGUCAAACACGGUAGACAGCAAAAUGUUUUCUGAAGGCAUUUUUGGAAGAAACUUGAGAACCAUUUUGGCUUUUUUGCUUUCCUCUUCUCCGAGCUGGGAUCGGUCAGCAGAGGUCUAAUUUCCGUAGAUGAUGUAGUAGUCGUCGUAUUACUGUUUACAGUGUUCUGCCUUUGUGGCUUGAUUGCAGAACGCUGUGUCACAGUGGUCGUUUCCAGCACACUUGACAUGGCUGCUUCAGGCUCUGUCAGCAUAAUAGUAAUGGUUGUUGGCGUUUCCACUUUCUUCGACGACUUGGUUCCUUUUUGCGGUUUCUCUAAUCCCUUAGGAUUUUCGUGAGUGCCAGCAGGUACGAAGUCCUUUAGCAACUCACUAAUGCUGUUUUCUAAGAUUUGAAGAUACGAAUAUGCGACAUACCGCAAAUUCGGUUGUUUGUGAUUAAUAGUGUCCAAUGCCGAUAGCUCUUGUGCUAAAUUCAACGCUCCUUCUUCCGCAAACUUAAGACGAUUAAAAUAGUCAUCUGAAUAAUUAAUUUGGGUACCUUUGAGAAACCUUUGAUAGGCCUCACAGACAAACUCGCCAAUUUCUUUUGCAUCUAAAAGUAAUUUCGAUUCGGGAUCCGUAGGAUCAAGCGUUGCAAAAGUGGUUGAAGCACCAUAAUUUAAAGAUCUUAUGGACAUCGCAAAAGUUUUUCUGUUUUAAUAAUUCUGUGUGAACGUAUUCCUCUCGUAAACUGAUGAAUAAAUUCGUUUAGUUUCAACAACCUUUAAACUACAAUCCGUUUGUUAUGCAGCUUCCAAGUGCACAC